GCAGGUCAGAGGGAAAGAUGGCUGUGCUCUCUAGAGUGGGUGCAUUCCUGAAAAAUGCCUGGAAUAAAGAACCUGUCAUAACUGUGUCCGCUGGCAUUGGAAUUUUGGCUCUUGUACUCCCUUUUAUCAGUCCUUACACCAAAUGCGCCUCCAUGUACAACCAAGUAGUACCGUAUAACUACCCAGUCCCAGUUCGAGAUGAUGGGAACAUGCCAGAUAUCCCCAGCCAUCCCUCUGACAAAGUUGGGCCCAACUUGGAUUGGCUGAAGAAGCUGUAAUUCUGAAGACCCACUUGCAGUUUGUGUCCCAUCGGGAAUCUUCUAUGGACUUCUUCUUGCUUUCACGUCUCAUGGUCACACUUUGUGUCGUGUCAGCUAGUAUUGCAGAAAUAUGAAUAAAUGAUUCCUCUGGAGA